CAUGUUCGCCCCAGCGCGCCGGAGGUGCGCGCAAGCCAUCGCAAACCUCAAGUCCCCCGCCAACUCGGUACCGACAUUCCUCCUGCCCCGGUCCGCUGCGCCCAGAACCUUCACCACAACCGCACGAUGCGAAUCUAAGAUUGGGUCGCUCCCGCUCUCAGUACCGCCAAGCGUGACUCUCAGCGUGAUCCCCCCGAAGACAAUUGGUGGCAAGGGUCAAAGAACACAAUCGAUGGGCACAGUACACGUCAAGGGGCCGCUGGGCGAGAUGUCAAUGGAGAUCCCGCCGUACAUCAACAUUGAUCAGCAGAGCUACACGCUCAGCUUGGCAGAUGACGCUACGGAUAAGAAGCAGAAGGCCAUGUGGGGGACAACACGCGCAUACAUCCAGAACCACAUCCUCGGCGUCAGCGAAGGCCACAGUGCGAUUCUGCGCUUCGUCGGUGUUGGUUUCCGUGCGUCUGUCGAAGACACGGCGACCACCGUCUCGGCAGAGUUCCCCGGCCAGAAGUUCAUCAACCUGAAGGUCGGCUACUCUCACCCGGUUGAACUGUGUAUACCCAAGGGCGUGACGGCAAGCACACCGCAGCCCACGCGCUUACUACUUGAGGGGUCGGAGAAGGAAGUUGUGAUGCAAUUCGCAGCGAGAAUCAGGAAGUGGCGCGUGCCGGAGCCGUACAAGGGCAAGGGCAUCUUUGUCAACGGGGAGACGAUCAAGCUGAAGAACAAGAAGGUGUCGUAGACGUUGGGCCUUGGAAGAAGAGGAGGCUGGACUGUGUUGUAUACCUGUACCAUAUACAGAGGGCUGUACUAUACCUUGGACCGCACGAUGGGCUGGCGCGAAGCAUGACGAGCCGUAUCACAAUGGAAGCAUACUGAA